CAAUAACCCUUCUUUCCUUCAAACUCCUCUAGCACCUCUCCCUCCACCCUUAUCCUCUCGCAACUCCUCCUAAAACCCUUUCACUCCCUCUCCUCUCCCACAGAAAAUGGCUGUGGCUUCUUCUGCAACUUCCAAUCUAUUCAAGACCUUAUCGAUGGCGGAUUCAUGCGUCUCCCUCCCUUACCUUUCCGCUGCCAAAACCUCCAACCCAUUUCUCUCAGUUCCCUCCAAACCCAUCAAGCUCCACCUCUCCUACACCCCUUCCUCGCUCUUCUCGCUGCCGCUGUCCCUCGGAAGAAAAACCCACUUCUCCUCCGUCGCCGCCUUUGUGGCCCAGACCUCGGACUGGGGUCAGGAAGACAGCACGCUCACCAUUGACGGCGCGGAGGGAAGUGAGGAAGAAGGGGUCUUUGAGGAGAGUGAGGAGGUGUCGAAUGUCGAUCCUCCGGAGGAGGCCAAGGUGUUUGUUGGAAAUUUGCCUUUUGAUGUUGAUAGUCAGAAAUUGGCUGAGCUCUUUGAGAGGGCUGGAAUCGUCGAGGUUGCUGAGGUUAUUUACAACAGGGACACUGAUCAGAGUCGUGGGUUUGGAUUUGUGACCAUGAGCACCGUUGAGGAAGCUGAUAAGGCUGUGGAACUGUUCAGUCGUUAUGAUUUAAAUGGAAGGCUCUUGACUGUCAACAGGGCUGCUCCAAGAGGAACACGCCAAGAACGCCCACCCCGUUCAUUUGAAUCUGCUUUUAGAAUCUAUGUCGGUAACCUGCCAUGGAAUGUGGAUACUCCUCAACUGGAGCAGAUUUUCAGUGAACAUGGUAGCGUUGUGGAGGCUCGAGUAGUCUUUGACAGAGAAACUGGACGAUCCCGUGGUUUUGGCUUUGUUACCAUGGCCAGUGAAAGCGAAAUGAAUGAUGCCAUUGGUGCGCUCGAUGGACAGAGUAUCGAUGGCAGGGCGAUCAGAGUAAAUGUUGCGGAAGAAAGACAAAGGCGCAGUCCUUAUUGACGCAGCCGGGAUGAAACCUAAGUUCCGUUUUGGUUCCUUUUUCUUCAGAUGAGUUAUAUGUUAGCCGGUUUUCAGCGAUGGUUUUUUGUGGUUCCUACUUGUAGGAUUAUUGUUCGAGUCCGAAACGAUACGUAGUGUCCAAGUUUUGACUCCAUUAAUUUUGGGGAACAGCUGUUGUGGUUACCAUUUUGUUAUGAAGCAUGGAGCAAUUGAAACGCAUUAUAUUUUCA